GCGGUGUCCGUCCUUUCUGGCGCUGGAUGAGCAGCGACGGAGGACCUCACGCCGAGAAGGACCUCCACCACCAAGAGGAACAUGUCGUCCCAUGGGACAUCAUCGCUCGCGAACUUGCUGGCCCGCCGCGCCACUUCCACGAUGACUUUUUGCAGGCGCUCCAACCUUCGUUCAUGGAACUAGCCGCGAAGAACAGCAUGUUGCUGUCCGAUCAACUGACGCACUUUCUCAGUCGAGAGUUCCCAUCCGAUGCUGCCCCAUCCACAGGAUACGCAACCUAUGCGCGCCGCGUCGUGGAACACAUCCAUCGCAUGCGCAUGGAAGCUCCCGUGUUCACGUCGAACGUUGACCAAGAUGCAUGCAUAAAGCACCCGAGCACGAUCUCCAACCAGUACAUUUCAUUCAUGGAACUCAAGACGGCGCUCCAGAUACCGUCGAUGAUUUCCCAUCGACUCGCCACCCUCGACCCGUACGCGUUGUGCCCCAGCGUCAUGUCGCCUCCUCCCGUGCAUCAUGCUUCGUCGCUCCUCCGUCCACGUCCGUUGAUCUUUCCACCUGCACAUCAUCCCUCCAAGGCGGCGCCGAGUCCGCGCGAUUUCCGCGCCAACGUGUGCAAGCGCUCACGGAAAUGGCUCGGCGGCCCUCCUCGGCCGCGCAUCCUCGUCGUCAAGGGCGAUGUCGUGGAGCUGUUCAAGAAAGGCGACAAGAAGAAGGCGAGCAAGACCGUCCAAGUCGCGUCCAUCGACACCAUCACGUCGUCUACCACCUCGUCGUUCGAGUUCACACUGCGCAUGAAGGAUGGCACGACGCUCGUGCUAACGUGUGAUUCUCGGGAAUCUAUGCGUCAUUGUAUGGCGGAAAUCGCGACCACUUGCCUCGUGCAUGCCGCCCUGGACACGGGCCAACCGGCGUCGGUGCUUUCGAAAUCUGUCCUCAGAAGCGGCGGCGUCUCGCGCUUCUUGUCGUCAUCCACAGACGUCAUUGGGGUCAUGGCGGCGAAUGAGAAGAGCUUCUCCCGCGUGGCGGCGUUGGUGGCGGCGGGGGCAUCCUGCCGUCCGCUGCUUCGGUGGUCGUUUGCGUCCAUGUUGUUCUUGACUUCAUUAUCGUCAUCGCCGCCGCUCCAUCGUCGCAAUAUGCUCGACUUGUUUCUGCAGCAUCAGUUGCCUCUGGAUGCCGUGGGGGAUGAUCAUGAUGGCGGCGGCGGGUGGUCACUGCUGCAGUACCUCUGUCUUGUGCGAAAUGUAUCGAGUGUCGAACGGUUUCUCACAGAGCUACGUACCCACCAUGAUCAUCAAGGACAUUUGCUGCUACGAUGUCUUGCGCAUGUGAAUGCUGCCAAUGACUCGGUGCUACAUAUCGUGUUCAAAACCAAGUCGACCCCAUCGCUCCAUCAGGACUAUAUCGACGCAAGCGAACGCGGAUCCACUAGUAUCGUCAACCCCAUCCUCACAACAGUAUUGCCAAGUCCGCCGCGGCAAAAAGAACAACAACAUGAAGAUGUAGAUGCUGCUUCUGAGCGGAUUGGAUGCCUCUUACUCCAAGCUGCCUUGACCACCGUUCAUUGGCCGAUCGAAACGUCAAACCAACCGAAACAGAUGGACUCGUACCAUCAUGAGUCUUGGGUCAAUCAGUGCGAUGGCCAUGGCGAUACAUUGCUACAUGCAGCCAUCCGAGCUCGAAUGUGGACAUGCGUCGACUUGCUCGUCAAGUUGCAUGCGUCUCCGACCGUUGUGGACGCUCAGGGCAACACGGCGAUUCACUUGGCAUUAAAAGCACACGCCCCCACCGCCGUCAUCUGUCGACUCAUUCGAUCGUCCACUAUGAGUCGCCGACACCCCCCCCCCGCCGCCAACAAUCAUAGUAAUAAUCCUGCCCAACCAAAACCAAUCCAAACCACCAGCUCCCAAAGAGGAUUCGAACAGCGCGAUCUACAUGGAGAUACGGCGCUGACGCUGGCUUUACAGACUCGCCAUGAGCUGGUCGUAGUGUGUCUGCUCGAACAUGGCGCCGAGCCCAACCCUCCUCGUUCAAUUCCUUCAUCGUCAUUAUCAUCAUCGGCGGCCACAUCCGACUCUCCGCUGCAUGUUGCCAUCAAGACGGGGAUGCCGGUUGCCGCGCGGGCGCUGGUAGAGCAUGGAGCGGCGUGGCAUGUUAAGGACUGUGAAGGGUCGUCCCCACUCCCUUUAGCCAUUCGAUACGGCAUGUACGCUUUGGCGUACGAUCUCUUGAUUGCAAUGGCCACCAAUCAAGAAGGCGGAAACGCGGGCAGCUUGUUUGUAUGGGUGGAGGACGAAUCGGUCGUGGGGCUGUGCUUGAAGGCAGGACAGCUGGAAAUGGCGGCGCUGGUGCUGGAUAUGGGCGGCCUACGAGCCCUCCAAGAAGGGUUGGAUAUGAACAAGAAGCACGAGAGUGUGCUGCAUGAUGUGAUGAAACUGCGUAUGUCGAUGUUGCACAAUCAAGAAGCAGACGGAGAAGCGCAACCCCUCGGCAGGCGAAACACACGACCAACGCCCAAUCCACUACUACUACGACGACGACGCGUCACGAGUACUAGUAGUACUACUACUACUAGUAGUCAUGGUUUGCAUCACGCGUGGCCGGGGGGUAGUUCACACGACUCGUCAAAUGCCCACGACUAUCCCCCACCGCCGCCGUCUGCCCGUACAAAACGAAGCCGCGCUAAAAGCAAAAGUGACAGCGAUAUCCUUGGCACGUUGCAGACUACUUGUAAUGUCGGCGACUGGACUCACCCGUGUGUCCAUGACGGCGGCGGCGGCCGCGGAUGCAUAAUCGUCCGUGUGCUCGACGGCAUGAUCCUCGGGCUACUGCAACAACUGAACCCGUGUAUUUGCCUCUCUAAGCCCACCACUACCAGCACCACUACCAGCAGCACCAUCGGUCCAGACGCCGCGUCAUCACCCCACAGCAUGUACCAUCGCGAUUCGGGGGGGGGAUUUGAUUGGUCCAUGGACUACCCUCCCGACUGGUACACGCCGUUGCACAUGGCGGCAGCGGGCGGCCCACGGACCAAUCAAAUUCUCCGGUGGAUGCUCCUGCAAUUAAACCCGAAACAGCCGUCGUCUGCGACACCGUGUCACGCCAUACUUGGGUUUCUGGCGGAGACAGCACUUGUGGGGCCUUUGAACGAGACAGUGCUGCACGCUGCCAUCUCAUCUAGUUUUUCCACAUGGGAUUGCCGGAAUGCGCUGGACGUGGUCGAUUUUGUCAGUUCCUUGGCGUGUACUGACGACGACGACGACGACCGAGGGACGAACCAUGUGCUGCUGAUGCAAUUCUUGAACGCUACACGAACAGACGGCGCGUCGGCGCUGCAUUUGGUCGUCGAGAAGAUCAUGUCCAUAAAGAAUAAGUCGUCCAAGAUGAUGGACAUGUUGCAUCGACUGCUACAGAUGCAUGUGGACACGGAAGGAUGGAAUGCGGCGGGUCUGACGCCGCUCCAAGUGGCGAUUCAACAUGGCGGCGGCGCGGCGAUACUGGAGCGCAUGUUGAUGGACAAAGGGGGUGGAUGUGACAAGGACGGACGCGCAGAAGACGGACGUGUGCCCCUCAUGGUGGCGCUGCAAGCGAACAACGCCCAUGCAUUUCACAUGCUGUGGGAACGCGGGGCCAACGCCAACCUGGUCAUGCCGUACACUCGACACACUCUAUUAUGUACCUAUCAACAACAACAGCAGCAAUACCAUGAUCCCAGCAUUGUCGACGCGAUGAUUCAACGAGUUUUGGUGGCCAAAUCAUCGUCGCAGGAACAAGAGGACUGGACUAGCCCAUUGCAUGCCGACGCUGCGACACGGUUACCAGAUGGACGGCGGACAUCGGCGGCUGAGUUUCGAUCGUUCGAUCCUGUCGACACGAUUGGGAUACCAGAAAAGGUGGUAAAGCACAAACAAGAUGUGUCAAAGCAAGCGUGGGGCGUGCUGGCAAAUGAUCGCCAUUGGCACGACUUAUCAAGUCGAUUCAAACGAGAAGAACACUCGACGCUGCGGUUGGUGGCAGUGGAAGCCAAGCAGCAGGCGCGGACAUGGCUCUCCAAGCGCAUUGGCAAGCAAAAGAUCUUGGCGGAUGCGCUCGUGCUCCGGCAGCAACAUGUGGCUGAGCACGGCCGGGUGCUGGAUGCUGCCAUCGCGCACGACUUUGCUGAAAAAAUGUUUGUGGAUAAACACGUGGCCGACAUGGUAUCCGAAGCCAAACUCGAAAUUGAACGCGAAAAGCAAACGCUGAUGUACGAAAUGUCGGUCCAGGACGACGAACUGCGGACGAUCGCUCGACACGGACGGACAGUCCAAGGACAAUGUACUAGUAGUACUAGUACUAGUAGUACUAGUAGUAGUACCCUGGGUACGUCGACGCUACUGCAUCGCUUGGAAUUGUUUACCCGACAGAGGAUAGAUGACGAAACUGGUGACGAAGUUGGUGACGAGUAUCUCUUGCCUCUUGAUUAUGCCCGCAACACCAUGUGCUAAAUAGAGUGUAUGAUAAAAUCGCUAGUACUUAUCGAAGCUGUGAAACGCAACUAUAUGUAACACAAAGUCCGUUUGAUCGCCC